AUGAUUUCUGUUUAAUCUUAAAUUGAAGAAUAAUAACUAAUUCAAAACCAACCUUAGAAAGUUGAAUAAAUUCAAUAGAGUUUAAUUUAAGAAGAAAGUCUUAUUGAAUAAUCAAACGAAGUGGAAAUCAAUAAAGAUGAGGAUGAGGCAAUGAAAGAUCAAAACCAUAUAUAAAAAUAAUAGAAAUAAGAAGAAUUAUAAUAAUAAGAAUAAUAAUAACAAGAAUAAUAAUAAGAAUAAUAAUAACCAGAAUAAUAAUAAUAACAAGAAUAAUAAUAAGAAGAAUAAUAAUAAUAAUAAGAAGAAUAAUAAGAAGAAUAAUAAGAAGAAUAAUAAUAAUCAUAAUAAUAGUUAUUAAAGAAAUCUGAAUAAUUCUAAUUAUUAAAAUAAUAAUAUUAGUAAAAUUAAAGUAAUAAAGAAACCGUAUAUGAACUGAUAAAAUAACCAAAUAUUAAGUAAAUUGAAUAAUGUAGAGCUAUAGCUUUUAAUAAAGAUUCUUUAAUUGUGGUUUGUGGAUGUAAUGAGAAGAUUAAGAUUUUUUAAAAUCAAUAAGGUAAGUUAAAUUAAAUACAACUCUUAGCUGAACAUAAAAAUUUUAUUUAAACAUUAAAUUUCAUGAAGAAAUCAAACCAUUUGGUAUCAGGAAGCAUGGAUAAUAAUAUCAUUAUAUGGUAAGAAAAUUCAAAGAAUUAAUGGAGUCUAUUAUAGAAGUUAACAGGACAUGUAUUUUAUAUAUAUUGUUUAUAAUUAAACAAUAAUGGAGAUUUAAUUAUUUCAGGUAGUUAUGAUAAUACAAUAAAAUUUUGGAGUAAAUAAAAAGGUUGGUAAUGCACAUAAACAAUUACAGAUCAUAGCAAUACUGUUUUAGCAUUAAGUUUGAUAGAAUAAUAAAAUAAAUUAAUUUCAUGUUCACGUGAUUAAUAUAUAUUAGUAAUUGAAUAAUAAUAUUUUGGUAAAAAUUGGGUUGUCAUUUAAAAAUUACACAUUGAUUAACAUGGUCUAAGAAUAUGUUUUAUAAAUGACAAAUAAUUUAUAUUUUAGCCUUAUUGUAAGGAAGAAAUGCAUAUUUUUGAAAUUGAUAAUGAUACUAAAUAAUUUCAUAAAGUGAAGAAUAUAUCUGUGAAAUGUGGAUCAGAUCAUGAUGAUUGUUAAUUUCCAUAAUAAUAUAUUAAAUCUAAAGAUAUUCUACUUAAUAAAAAUGGUAAGUUUAUUAAUCUUCUUAGAAAAAAAUAAAAUAGUGAAUUUAUCCUGGAUUAAAUAAUAGAAUUUACAAAUUAAGUUAAUUAUGGUUCAUUAAGUGAUGAUGGACAGUAUUUAAUAAUUUGGGAUGGUUAAACAAAAGAAAUAAAAGUUAGAACAUAUAAACAAUAAUGA